AUGUCUUCCUACGGCCAACUGCUCAGUGCCCGCAGCGCUUCGCCCUGCGAGGUGACCUGUGCCCAGCCCUACGUCGAUGCCUGCAGCGAGCCCUGCGUCGCCGCAUGCGGAGACUCCCGAGCCAUCGUCUACGCCCCACCCGUGGUCGUGACAUUCCCGGGGCCCAUCAUCAGCUCCUGCCCCACGGAGAGCAUCGUUGGGUCGUCCAUCCCUGAAAUCGGCGGGGGAAUGGGCUCUGGAGGGGGUGGGAUGGGGUCUGGAGGUGGUGGGAUGGGAUCUGGAGGUGGGAUGGGGUCUGGAGGUGGUGGAAUGGGAUCUGGAGGGGGCUCCUCCUGCGGGGGUGGGAUGCCACGGCUGGGGAGCCUCUACCGCGGCUAUUUCUCAGGCUACGGUAGGAAUUAUUAUCCCUAUAAUUCCCGAGGGUACUACAGGUAUCGCUACGGGAACUACGGGCCUUUUUAACCCUUUAACACUGAGGGAUGUCCAAAGGAAAAAUAGGAUGCAAAGUAGUAGUUGACAGCUAGGAAUUCCAAGCGGUCUCUGCUCCAGCUGAUGCGGUUGGAGCCGGGGUUGUUUGGAUCUCGCUGUGCUUUAUCCAAGGCUUAGGAUCCCGAUGUUCCCUCCCUUUGUCCCUCUCUCUUGUUGUGUUUUGUACUCCCUGAAUCUGAAGAGUCAAACCAGUCAUGGACUUGGCUGUGAAAGUGUCCGGGUGGAAAAAAAAUGUUCUUGAAUGACUGCUGGACUGGAGUCCAGGCUGAACUGGGAAUGCUGAACUGGGAAUGCCGAAAUGGGAAUGCUGACAUGGAGAUUCCGUUCUUUGUCUCUGCACUGCCUCAUCCCACUUUUUGUU